GGUAUAAUAUAAGAUCGAUAAGGUCUCAGUUUUGCAUUAGAUUCAUCGAAGUUCAGCGCGAACCUGCUGUAACCAGAUUCUGACUCGUUCUCUUCUUUGCUGGCCUGAUUAGACGGUGGCUACUAGCAGACUGCGCUGCAACAAACACACAACAUAUCUCGUUUUGCCAACCAAACUGAAUUGAUGGCAGAGGCAAUACUGAUAAUCCAGUACCUAGACAAAGCAGUUGAGUGGAGAGACCUGCUCAUAUCAGUUGUUUGCUACAAAGUGUCUGCUUGUACACGCAGAGUAGUAACGAUUCGAAGUAGCACAGCCGGGUUUGAAAAAUGUCCCAAAAGUUUAUUAAAUCUACACGCAAAAUUAUUGGUGCUGGCGUGAACUACAAAGAGAUUCUGCGCCAGACCAACGCAGCAAAACCCGCUAACCCUGUGAUAUUUUUCAAGCCCAUAUCGACACUGAUAUCAAGCAAUGAGGGCGUUAUCAAGAUCCCAAAAGUAUUCGGCUCAAUCAACUAUGAAGCCGAGCUCGGUGUCAUUAUUGGGAAGUCCUGCAAGAAUAUUAGUACCGAUCAGGCCAUGAGCUACGUGGCCGGUUACUGCUUAGCACUGGAUAUGACCGGAAUGGACUUCAUUGUGGAUGCCCGAUCGAAAGGGCUGCCUUGGUGUCUGGGUAAGGGAUUCGACACGUCGACUCCGGUGAGCCGGUUCAUUUCGCCGGAAGAGCUAGGUGAUCCGACCGAUGUGCGUGUAUGGUGCAAGGUCAAUGAACAGAUGAAGCAGGACGACACGACUAGGAAUCUGAUAUUUACGAUCGCGGAGCUGAUUGCUUUCACCUCGAAGUAUAUGUCCUUGGAAAAGAACGAUUUGAUUUUGACUGGUACACCCGCUGGAGCAGGGCCUGUAAAGAACGGAGACAUCCUCGAGUGUGGACUUGGUGAUAUUGUACAGAUGACAUUCCAGGUUGAAGACGAGUAGUUUCGUAUAUGUAUUUCAAAACCUGAUACAACAUCGCUAAUAGUAGCAGUUAUACUGCCGAGAUGAGAAUUCAGUUGUAAAUUCGUGUUAAUUUUAAUCUAAAUAGUUUAAUAAUCCUGUUAAAACAAUACCUCUGUUGACCGAUCACAAUGGAAGAAUUUUAAUAUACAUAUAUUGAUUAUGUACUAUA